GCUGGGGCCAAGGCCUUGCUCGUGGAAGGGUUGGGAUUCUCUGACACACAACACUGGUUUCUGAAGCAGCUUCUGUAUUGCGCCGGGGUCUGGAGAUGGUUGUUGUGGGCCUUAGAGUAAUUCUUAGGAUUGGGGCUGCCGCGGAGUGGGUGUAAAGAGGGGUUCACUGAGCCCAGUGGAACCCUAACUUCAUCACAACUCAACCUGAACUGGAAAAGGAUUUCAGAAGUCACCCCAUUACCCCGGAAUACUCCUCAAGCACCUGAAGGUAGGCGGAGCCCCCAGCAAUGGAUAAAUUCGUCAUUCGAACGCCUAGGAUCCAGAAUAGCCCGAAGAAGAAACUCGGAGAAAAGGUUUACAAGCAAGCCACGAUUGAGUCGUUGAAGAGAGUUGUGGUUAUAGAAGACAUAAAAAGAUGGAAAACUAUGUUGGAGCUUCCUGAUCAAACCAAAGAAAACCUAGUUGCUGCCUUACAAGAAUUAAAGAAGAAAAUGCCCUCGAGGGAGGUGUUGAGAUCCACAAGGAUAGGUCAUGCUGUGAACAAGAUGCGCAGGCACUCGGACCCAGAGGUGGCUGGUCUUGCCAAAGAAGUUUACACUGAGUGGAAGACUUUCAUUGAAAAACAUUUGGACAGACCUUCUAUUGAAGUCCGGAGCGAUCCAAAAACUGAGUCAUUUAGAAAAAAUGCCCAGAAAUUACUUUCAGAAGCCUUGGAAUUGAAGAUGGAUCACCUACUGGUUGAAAAUAUUGAGCGGGAAACGUUUCAUCUCUGCUCCCGGCUCAUUAACGGGCCCUACCGGAGGACGGUACGCGCUCUGGUCUUCACAUUAAAGCACCGAGCUGAGAUCCGGGAGCAGGUGAAGAGCGGAGCGCUGCCGGUCGGCACGUUUGUACAGACCCACAAAAAGUGACCCGGGGACGGGCCCAGCACCGGGCCUCGCGCCACCAUUCAAAGCCUCUUUUGAGUUUGGGUGAUGCGGAUGUUGGCUGUGCUGGAUAUUCCCAUGGUGCCAUUCCUUCAGACAGAACGUGGGGAGCCCUGGGAGAUAGGCCUGUGGGGGCGGCUUCAUUAGCUGCCUUGCGCUGGCGCUGCCUGACGGGAUGAACGGGGCUGUCACUGGGAAGUGCCAUCCAGUCACCAUCACCCAGCACAAUGGAAGGGUGACAGGUUUCACUGUGAGCUUGCCAAGGACACCUCUAAACUCCCCCAUGUCAGCAGAUGAAGUUACCACUUUAUUUCGCCACCCUGCAGGUAACUGAAACUCAAUUACCGCUGCUCCUCACGCGGUUCCAGCCCCCUGAGUUUAGACAGCUCCGAAGCCUCUCAGAACUCCCGUCUGCUCUCUUUGCUCUACCCCAGGGGUGAGCCCACUGGAGCCUGCGACCAGCCCUGCUUGCCACCGCUCACUUAUCUGAGCCUUUCAGCUCUCCCUGGAAGACCUUCGGGGAGGGGCUCCUGAGCCCCCAUGCUGAGGCCUCUAAUGAGGAGCUGGCCUGAAGCCUCCCUGCACCUCGGGGUUCAUUUGAAUACAGCCUCUGUUGAAGAUGCAUAAUGAAAUUUCUCUUGCAGUGACUUACUGCUGUAAGAAGAAAAAUGCAUACGUGAAGAUUUUCAAUGAAAUACAUCUACAUGUGUCUGCUUGGAUGAUUAUGUAAAUGGUACUUGCUCUUUAAAAAGUAAUAAUAAACUGAGAUGUACUAAAACAAGAGGCAUAGUUUCCCCCAUGAAGCAUACUACAGAACUGAGCAUGAUGGCUCCUGCCUGUAAUCCCAGCACUCAGGGGUCUGAGACAGAAGGAUUGCUAUGCGUUUGAGGCCACUUUGGGCUAUGUAGCAAGUACCAAACCAGUUGGAGCUAUAUAACAAGACUCUGUCUCCAAAAGGGGGGUGGGGGCGGGGAGGAGGGGAGGAAAGAGGAGGUUGGAGCAGGAAAAGGGAAAGAGCGUGGACAGAGUAAAUGGGGUAGAAAGGAGGCAGCUGGUAAAGUUCAUGGUGGGAUGAGAACUGGAGGGAGGCCAGGUUGGUGGCACACACCUUUUAUCCUAGCACUUUGGAAGCAGAGGCAGACCAGCCUGUUCUACAUAGUGAGUUCCAAGAUAGCCAGGGCUACAUAGUAAGAUCCUGUCCCAAAACACACGCAAACACAUACACAGAACCUGAAAAAGAUAGCAAGGCUGGAGGAAGACUGUAAACUGGUGUGUGGAAGCAGAGAGAGGGAGAGAAUGUGGGAAGGAAAGGGAAAGGGAUUGUUUGCAAAGCAAGGAUGGAAGGGUCAGGGAGGAUGCUGUCUGCAUUGCAAGUGUUCCCUGGUCUGAGAUGAGUGAUAGGGGGCUUGUAGUUCUUCACCCCUGCUCAUUUCUCCUGCCUAGCUGGAUCUGUCCAGGAGUGUUGCUUUUGCUACCCCAGGGUGGGGGGGAGGGGGAGAGGGGGCAGGUUGCUGGCUCGAGAAGGGAGGGCCACUGUUGCUCAUGCAGGGAGCAGAAGCUCAACCACAUGGGGUCGGGGAGGGCGGGCGCAGGGAGUGGGGACCUUGUCAGGGACCACUGAGUGGGAAGUGACCACAGUGGGCCCGGGAAGCUUCCAGCAGGAAGUGUUACAGCAGCUCUUGUAUGACAGCAGCUCUCAGAAGACCCUUGGAGUAAUUCUUACACCGCUGUGUUAUGCCUUCUGGGUAGGGUCUUAUGUAAUAUACAUUUUGGGGUGGAUUAAGGGUCUGACAGCAGAUGCUUUCUAUUGGCUUGGUCUGAGAUGUUAGGGAUGCCUCAUCUGCACGUGGAAGGACUUGGGAUGCUGCACCUACAUGACCAAUCCUCUCCAUGGGGUGUCGUGGUCACAUGACAGGGGAACAGGUGAAGCACUUACUGUCCUCUGGUAUGAGGUGCCGGGCUUCCGAAUCCACACAACCUUAUCAAAUUUCCUGGCACGGUCGGUCCAUUGCCCCGCAGAUAACCAUAAGUACAGUUUCUCUUCCUUACAAAUAUUCUGUAGCACUUUAACCUGGUCUAGGUCUGAGAACAUAGCUCACAGGAGAGCGCUUGCCUCGCUUACACGAGGCCCUGAGUUUGUUAGAUCCCCAGUGCCGCAGAACAAAGAGCCUUUGCCUUAUUUCCCUGUCUUCGCUGACCACUCUUCGCAGUUAUUUCGCAUGACUGUUGUGAGGUGGUCUUGCCACGCAGCCCACACAGGCCUGAAACUUGAGCUGCCCCUGCCUCAGCCCCUUAAAUGCUGGGAGGCUUUUAAGUUAAAUCUUAUUUGCUGCUUUGUGUCUCUACUCUUUCUCCCCACUUGGAGAGCUUCCAGUUCCUGGAAGUAGUGUUUGAGUUUUCCUCCCUUCUGAGUCUCCAGUACCAGGAACAGAGCCCGGUGCCAGUUAGGUGUCCAUAGCUGUUGACUGUAUAAUUGAGCAACCCGCAGUGAGAAAAGAGGAGCGGGUCUAAUUAAAUCAGGGAUGCUUCCUGGAGGAAGGGAUACCUGCAUGGUUGAGGUGCUUACUCAGCAGAGAAGGCAAACUGUGGAAAGCCGCAGAAGUAGAGGGACAAGUGACAGGUCUAGCUGUCCGGGAGACAGCAUGUCGGGCAAGUGUGAAGUGUGACUUUCAUGUUCCUGUUGUAAUUGUCCUCUCUGAGGCUUACUGCCUCUGUCUGCUAAUCUACACCUGUCCUGGACACUUCUAGCCUCUGACAAUCUAAUCUAGGCCUAAAAUGUUUUCGCUUCUGAGACUUACUGCUGAAUAAGCUCACCCUUUCUUGUUCUGAGACUUGGCUGGCUGAUUCAACUUAGCUGUUCGGGGUCAAACUCCUCUCCAUGCUAACUGGUUCAAUCUGACUUUUCUCACGGCCUCUCCUGAAUUGCUCUGCUUGGCCUCAUACUAACUUUAGCAUCUGUUCUAAUCUUCUGGCUCCUUCUCAUUCUCUGCCUCAUUCUGUCUUCUCCUGUGUCUAGCUUGUUCUUUCUGCAACCUGUCUCUGUAAAACUCUCCCAGACUGUCUCCUCUCUCCCUCCCCCUCCCUCCUCCACCUCUCUCUCUCUGUACUGCUCUCUUAAGUAGCCUCCCUUUCCUCUCUCUUCUUAUGAGAGUUGGGCAGAUCCUAUUCUGUCAAACCUUUCUCUGAUUCAUCAUUUUAUCACUCAAUUAGAUGCCACUUUCAAACAUACAUGCUUCCUUCUACAAACUAACUCCAGCCUUCAUUGUUUGGGAUUAAUGGUGUGUGCUAAGGGCUGAGCCACAUCACAACUAGAAACAGGUUUUUGGUUUUGUUUCUGUUUUUUCAGCAAAUAGCAAUCUCACAGUGUGAUCAAAUAUCCUGCAACAGGCAGUUUCUAAAGCAUUUGGAUUGGUCAAGUUGGUGAUACCUGGCUCUAGGGAGGAGACGAGGGGAAGGAGAGAGGGGGAAGAGAAGGCCUUCUUCAUAAGCGACCCAGGAGUUCUCCUAACUUAGGGGUCCAGAGUGAGUUAAGAACAAAUUGCUUGCUACCCAAAAGAUGUCAUCGGUGUCAGCUGGAGGGUAAGAUGUCUUGGCGAUAAGGAAAGCAGCUGCGUUCUUGGUGGCCGUUUUCUCCUUGAUGCAUGAACAGAAUUUCCACGGGUGCUACUGGAGCUGCUGUGAGCCCAUGGAAAGGAGGAAGCUGCAGCCAGCUCUGGUCUGGUUGCCUGCCCUCCUGCUGAGAAGUACUUGCAGGCUCCAGAUGGUUAGAAAUGAAAGGGUUGCUCCUGUAAGGCUGGGUGUUCUCUGUCUAAUACAUGUGUUCAGUUGCUAGAGGAACCAUACCAUUAGAAUCCACUCCAGAGCUUAUUGAUCCUUUUCCAGUGCUUAAAUUGAAGUCUUAAGUCCUGGUCCUUUGGGUAGGGACUAAGUCUCCUUAUUUUCAUUCAUUCAGUCAACAAAUAAAUGUUGUGUGUCUUCUGUAUGCCAAGGACUAGAGUGGCACUAGGGAUAGUAACGAACGAGAUAGAAUUUCCACUUGAGGGGCUCUUAGUCCAGGGAGGACCGGUAAGUAAAUAAUUACAAUGUGGCCUGUCGGGUGUUUACUGUAGACAUUUGUUUUACAUGUUGAGGAGGUGGGGAAGCGAGUGAAUAGCUACUCAGAGGAGGAAAGGGUCCCAGAAGGUUCAUCUCCACAGCAAGGCUGGAAGCAUGGCCAGGGGUCUCGGCAGCGUGAGGAAGCCCCGCUCUGCGCAGUGGAUCACUGGAUAUAGUGCAGGGACAGAGGAGAGGUGUGUGCAAAAACAUGUCUCAGGAGUCCUGAAUGCGUUAGCCAAUUGGCCCUCAGGUAUAGGUGACCAGAGAAGGUUUUAAGGGAGGCAGUCAAGAUAAAAUGGUUCUUCUGGAAAUAGAUAAAGAGAAACAACCUUUGAAAAACACUCUACAAUUUAGGGCCUAGAGAGGGGGAAAAAAAAAAAAAAAAAAAAAAAAACCUCACCAACUUCAGAUUCAGCAAAUUGAAGACUUUUUUUUUUUUUUUUUUUUUUUUGACAAAUGAAGUUUAGAGUUGCCCAAACAGAUAUCAUUAGGAGUUCCGGGUUUGAUAAAUAACAGAAGGCUUAGAUAACUCACUUACCGCAUUCAAUGGUGAUGGGACAGGCAGCUGGUCUUUUUUCAUUUAUAGAAUAUCAGGUUCUUAAACUGGGAGCUGUCAACCUUGGUUUUCUUCCCUGGCCGCCUCAGGCCUCCGAGCUUCACCCUGAGAUAGGCAAUGUGUUUCCACCCACGUGGGACGAGGGUCCAGUUGUUACCGCUCAUUACUGCGAUCAGAAAGCAUCAGCCUAUGCAGGGAAACAAGGCUGGGGAGCUGCCACUGGUGCAGGGGACACAGGGAACAGGGGACACAAGCUUCAGAGGAGAGCUAGCUUGACAUGGUGUUUCCUUUUAAAUUCCCCCCAAACGAUAUAGUUGCUGUCAGGAUUAUCUAUAGGCUAGAUUGGUCUCCAGGUCCAACAGGACCAUGAUGUCCAAAGCAAUGCUGUUUUCCUAUCUUGUCAGAAUCAUUCAUUUGGUGCUGAAUUCUUAUGUGCUAGGUACAGAGGUCAUGGGAUAAAUACAACCGACUCUAGCCUCAAGUUCACCGUCUGAUAAAGAAAGAUGAUAAACUGAUGUCCUUUUAAAAGUUGUUUAAAUCACUCAGAUUUGGAGUGUGGGUGGUGCAUGCUGUGGUUUACGUGUGGAGGCCAGAGGACAACUUGCAAGAGUCGGUUCCCUCCUUCUACUGUGUAGGUACCAGUGAUUAAACAGGCCGUUGAGCUCGGAGGCAACUGCCUUUACCAUACUCAGCCGUCUCUCUGGUCCUAAACAGACCAUUUCUUUUAAAGGCAUUUGAUUGUGAUUUAUGGGAAUUCAAAGAAAAGGCAAUAAAAUAGCCAACAAAAAUA